AUGAAGGAAAUUUCCGAGCUAUUUACCCUGAAACUUGGGGUAAUUUCCAACUCAAUAGAGAUUAGCAUGAAUAAGAUGGAUGUAUCGCAUAUGAAAAUAUGUAUCUUAACAGAGACAUUGAGCAGAAUUAAUGAAGAAGUCUCGGUGGUUGCGGAUAAUCGAGUAUUCGAAGUGGGGGUUUAUGAGGUGGAUGAUGAUUGGAAACCUUUCUCUUGUUCAGAAGAAUCAAUGGCGGAAUCUGAUGAGGAAGACGAUGAUGAUGACAUCUCUAACACGGUGUUCGAUACUGAUGAAGGGCUGGAGGACGGUGAGAUUGUGCCAAAUGCUGACACCGAACAGGUACCUGAUUCAGAGAUCGGAAGAAAUUCCCUGGUUGAUGACUCAGACGAAAUUCCAGGAAGCAGGGCAACAGUCGCUCCUGGGAAUUUGGGAAACCAACACAUAGAAUCGUCCCACAAUGAUGAAGUCCAACAGUCAAAUUUUAAUUCAAUCAUUAAAGAAUCUCAUAGGAACAUAGACGUUAGGAUGGAGGUCAACGAUGGGGAUGAUGACGGUGAAUCUAGGACCCCACAACUAUCAUUUGGGAACAUUUGUGAGUUAAUUCCUAGAGGAGUGUUUGGGCCUUUCCCAAACAAUGGACUGGGAGAAAGAGAUGGGCCCAGUAAAACGUUGGACUUAGAAAUGGACCCAAAUGGGUCAUUCUUAAAAAGAAGAAAGAUCCAUCAAGUAUUAAAUAACCCUCAAUUUAAUAUUGACCAGUCAAUCCCUAAGUUCGCAUGUUCUGCUUCAAAUAAUCCUUCACAAUUGGACCUUAACUGA